CUACGACUCACUUGAUAACUACUAGGUACUCUAUACACAUACAAGACAAGGCCGUUUUCUGCAAAAAGCUUGCUAUAGUACGAUGAAAGUAUACCAUGCUCAAUUAUUUCACUUUCUCCAUCUGACUCGCCGCUGACCAUGACUCAGCAUCAUGUCGGUCAACUGAACUUAGACCAGGCACCUUUCCCAGAAGUGAAUAACACCUCCCUACAACAACAACAAACACUCUUCUCCUCGCGCAAAAGACCACUGAAAUAAAAUCCAUCCAAUAACCCUUCUUCUUCAAUUUCAGAGUAACAACAUCAUGGACCCUUUCAACCGUCUCCCCUGGUUCGCGCUCCGCUAUCUCCUCUCCCAUCUCCCCGAUCUACCUACACUACACACACUCUCCAUAGCAUCACCCACCAUAGCAACCUUCCUCCAAGAAGACAAUUCAUUCUCCGAAAUCGUCGAGAACAUAAUAUCGAACCCAACACGAGAGAAAGGUCUCUAUCAACCCGUCAGGACCAUAAUCAGGACAUUAACCCUCAUCUGGUGGCGGAAACAUACCUAUCAUUCUUCAGAAGAUGAUGAUCAUCAUCAUCAUCAUCAAAACCCACUAACUAGAUCCUACACUGAACUUAUUCGCUCUCUAAUACACAAUCCGGACUACAAGCCGAAAUACCCCUUCGGCUGCAUGAGACCUCUACCGAGAUACAUACCAUAUGUUAUUCUCUAUCGACUUCUCGAGUUCAGUACGAAGAUCCGCCGAAUCACACAUGCUUUCUUCCACGCGAUGAUCAAGAAUUGCAUGGAUCUCACUACGCUAGAGCAUUUACCAAGGGGUAAAAGAUAUCAUUGUGAUGAAAUCGGGCUUGAUCGCUCGAAACGCCCGGUUGGAAAACCAUUUAAGCCAUACGAUCUUGGAGCUCCGACAUGGUUUGAAGAACAGCGCAUACUUUAUGCGGUGUUGCGGGUUGUUCUAUUUUUUGAACUUCGCGAUGCGAUCGGUAGUGUUCCUGGCUUUUUCUCCGAGAUGGGCGUUGGAGCGUGUUGGGUCUCGCCGGGGGCUAAUAAUAUUCUGAAGUUCUGGAAGAGUGAAGUAAUCAAUGAUAUGAUUCUGGUGGAGCAAUUACGGACUUCUAUAUCGUGGUUGGCAACAGAGGCUGGUGGGAGAGAUAAGAUCGAGUCGUGGAUGCUUUCCUCCUCCUCCUCUUCUUCUUCUGUUUCUCUUCCAGAUAACCUGAGCUAUUGCUGUCCCAAAUUCAGACCGGUGAAAGAACAGCGAUGGACAAGUUUUGGGAAAAAUGCAAUCUGGCUUCUCUAUCCUCGCGGUUAUGAUUGUAUAUCUGAUUGUGGACGUAGUCCAAACAGCCCGUUGAGAGGUGUAGACUCCUCGUACUACCGACGCUUUGGUGUGGUCUUUUGGGACUCGGCUAGGCUGAAUGCUCUGGGUUUAGUGGGACGUCGUCGGAAUGUGGAGGCGAUGUGGUUUGCUUGGUCGUCUGUUCUAAACGAGUCUGAUUGGGAGCUCCUUGGUAGAUAUAGAUAGAAUCGAGGCGCUUUCGUGGAUGGCGGCUACACAUAAGGUAAUUAAUUGGAAGUGAAAGUAUUCAUGAAGGGAAAAAAGGAAAUUGAUUCUCUAUAAGGCUUCCUCAAAAGAGGAUAGGAUUAGCUGCAGUAGAUUGCUAACUGCCUAGAUCAAAACAUUCACUGUCGGGACAAAUGAGAGGAUAUGAAGGGUAUAACCUGAUUUUGCAAGGAAAUCGACGCCCCAACUAAAUGCCGCAAAUCACGCACCCAAACUGAAGAAACAGCACGAUUACCUGCCAUGAUCGACUCGGGUGUACCAGAGUGUCCCGCCGCCAAACCACCUCAAAUGG